UGUUGCUAGCUUAGAGCAGACGAAAUGGUAGCACACAUAAAAAUCUGCAAUUUGAUAGGAAUAUCCUGUGUGCUAGUGGUGUGCUUAGUCAUAAAUAUUUCUGCUGUUAGUGAAGAAACUGAGAGCCAGAAAGUGGAAACAGCAGUUGAGAAGCCAAUUGGACAAGAUGAUAAACUAAAACUUCUCCAGAAAAGGUCUGUUGAACCAAUCAAGCAUGGAAAGAAACACAACAAACAACACAAAAAGAAACACAGGAAAAAACACACGAGGAAGAAUGAUGUUCCCCAGAAUGUCACCACUGCAACAGGAACUACUACAAAUGAUACGGAAGAUUCUAUAUAUGCUAACAAGAAAACGGAUGUCAACCAGAAAGCCAUGGUAGUGGGAGAAGAAAAGGGACCUAAAGCGAAACCCAGCAAAGUGAAUCCCGCAGAAGUGGCCGACAAUGACCUUAAGACGGGGGUCAUCAUUACAAUAAUCAUUGUCAUCAUUGCUUUCCUUGGAUGUGGCGCUGUAAUGUGGGGGAGACGAGAACAGAUAAAGGGAAUCUUGUCCAGCGUGAAGGAUAAAGUAAAAAAAGAGAAAGGAGAAGAUUAAACUGUUAAUCUAUGCUCAAGAUUAAACUAUUAAUCUAUGCUCAAGAUUAAACUGUUAAUCUAUGCUCAAGAUUAAACUGUUAAUCCAUGCUCAUAAUGUCAAUAUCCAUAAUUGUGUUUCAGAAAUUUACUUACAGUAAAAUUUAAGUUUUUGGCCUUUUUUAAACAACUCCUGGAUAAAAGUCGAAUUUUAAUGAUUACUUAAACCCUAUCAAUUAUCAUGAAAGUAACUUGGCCCGUCCAUAGUUAGUCUAUUAAAUCAUACAGAGCAUGUAACUUAUGGUGUACGAUAGAACUUUCUAAAGAAAAGAUAGAUACAUCUUUUGUUUUGAUCUGUUACUGUAAUGUGUUCAAAAUGAACAAAAUGCAUUACUAUUUAAUUCUUUACAAAUAUGGAUGUGGAUUUCACAUAUUUUGAGGCAAAUAAAUUUUUUUCGCCUA